AUGGGCAACUGCUGCCUGCUGCCUGUGGUUAAACUGCUCCUGGCUCACCUCCCCCAGCUGCCUUAUAAGAAGGUCCCACCCCCAGGGGUCCCCACACCGUUUCCAGAGAGCACCAUGCAGCUCCACCUCGCCCUUCUCCUCCUGCUUCUGGGGCUCCUAUCCAGCUGUGCCAACUCUUCUUCUGCUGCUGCUGGAGAUCACAAGGAGCUUCGGGCGGAGUUGGCGGCAUCCCAUCCUGUUCCUGUGAAGCCUGGCACCUGUCCUACUCUGAUCCAGAACAAUGACACCGAGUGCGGCCAGUUCUGCUCCACGGACGACAGCUGCCCAGGGAGCGAGCGCUGCUGCCAGACCGAAUAUGGGCAUCAGUGCAUGCUCCCACUUGAGGACCAGCCCGGCUACUGCCCCAGGCUGAGCCCCCAGCCAGACCAGGCUACCAACUGCUCAACGACUUGCAACAAUGACCAGGACUGUGGCUCAGGACUCGACUUGCCAAUCCAGAAGUGCUGCAGUAAUGGGUGUGGGCAGACUUGCCAGGUGGCCGAAGAAGAGCACCCUGGCGUGUGUCCCAAAAGGGAUCUAGUAAACACCUUUGUCCCUUGCAAUGACACCUGCAGAGACGACCGAGAGUGUCCCCUCACCCAGAAGUGCUGCUUCACCGGGUGCAGCCUGGGCUGCCUGGACUCAGUUCGCAGUGACAGAUGCCAGUUGCCGCCCAAAACUGGACCAUGCGAUGCAGCCUUCCGCCGAUACUACUACAACCCAGAGGAGAAGAAGUGCGUCCUGUUCACCUAUGGUGGUUGCGAGAGUAACAGCAACAACUUCAAGACAAAAGAGGCAUGCGAGGCAGCCUGCGGGAAAAUCAGCCCAGAGGUUUGCAAGCUGCCAAAGGACCCUGGCCCAUGUGAGGGUUUUUCACAAUUUUACUACUACAACUCAGCCACCAGGAAGUGUGAGAUAUUCGUCUAUGGGCUCUGUGGGGGGAAUGGCAAUCGGUUUGGCACCAAACUGGAGUGCAUGAUGGUCUGUGGGCAAACAGGAAAGUCCGAGAUCACGAGGAGCUUCAGACGGAGUUGGCAGCAUCCCAGCCUGUUCCUGUGCGUCCUGGACGGUGUCCCCGGCCCACUGGAUAUGGGGCAUGCGUCGAACUCUGUCGCGGUGAUGCCUCUUGUCCACCCGGGGAAAAGUGUUGCAGCAAUGGCUGUGGCCACGUAUGCAUGA